AUGUCCGACUCCAAAGAUGGCUCGGCGCCCGACUCGCUGAUAUCUAUGGAGGAUGGCAAAAAGUACUGGGAGGGCAUCGAAGCCGACGUCAACGGCAUGCUGGGCGGUAUCCCCUCAGUCACUAGAAUCGACCUGCAGGGCUCGAGGACGUUUCUUGCGAGGUUGGGGAUCGGCAUCAAGACUGGGAGGAAGAUGGUUUCUAGGGCGCUUGAGGGCGGAGCAGGUAUCGGCAGAGUCACUGAAGGACUUCUGACCCAAGUGGCUGAAAAGGUGGACAUUAUCGAACCUAUCACCAAGUUUACAGAUGUUUUAGAGGGCAAGCCUGGAGUGGGAAAUAUCUUCAACGUCGGCCUCGAAGGCUGGAAGCCCGAGGAUGGAGUCAAGUACGACCUGAUCUGGACGCAGUGGUGUGUUGGUCAUCUACCAGACGAUCUUCUAGUGGAAUACUUUGAGCGAUGCAAGUCUGCUCUGGCGCCAGAUGGAGUCAUGGUCAUCAAGGAGAACCUGAGCACUAAUGGUGUUGAUGUUUUUGACGACCUGGAUAGCAGUGUUACUCGAGAGGAUGAAAAGUUUCUGGCUUUAUUCAAGCAGGCUGGUCUGCAGGUUGUACGAUCUGAUCUCCAACGAGGAUUCCCCAUGGUCGGCAACACAGCUUUGAUGCCCGUCAAGAUGUAUGCGCUGAAGCCGGCAGAGGGUUGA